AUGCCUGAGAGUUUGUUUGGUAACUCCACCACGAGCUGGAAUGUAGCCAAGCUCGAGAACUUGCUUGAUUGCUUGGGCAAGAAACUCCAAUGCGUCAAUACUGCUUCUCUUUAUCUUGGGAUGUGGAUCUCUACAACAUCAAUUAUAUACACUUCGGAGCGCCUAAGCAAUGGUACUCCAUCUCAAGAGAGGAUAAACCCAAAGUUGAGCAAGUAA